AUGCAGAUCCGGUACAUUAACAAGGCCCUGCAGCGCUUCGACUCCACUCAAGUCAUCCCAACACAAUUCGUUCUUUUCACUCUCUCUGUGAUUAUUGGAAGCGCGGUGCUGUACCGUGACUUUGAAUCGUACACCGCGGCCCGGGCAGGGAAAUUCGUUGGCGGCUGCUUCUUAACCUUUUUGGGAGUGUAUUUCAUCACAAGUGGGCGAGUUCGUUCAGACGACGAGUCCUCUUACUCGACCGAUGAGGAAGAAGCAAUCGGCCUUCUACCCGGAGAGCGGUAUCAGGACGGAGUUGACCUAUCUCCUCCUCAAAUCGCUCAAGGGAGGAAUAAAACAGUCCCGCGGACACCCGCUCUUCUUGAUGGUGCGCUUGAUUCGCCCGCCGGCUCGCUACUCAGCCGAGGUCUAGAGGAUCUGGAUGAUAACCAGUCUACUCCUCGCGCUGCAGCGGUCUCCGCCGCGUCUCCGUCUCCUGCUGGCUCCCUAGCUGCCGAUUCGCUUUCGGAACCAUCCCCCGGCUCCUCUACCUCAUCUAGACCCCUGUCUUUGUUGAGAAACCCAUGGGCUGAUGGUCAGGAACCGGACGUGAAGACUGCUAUCUCUGAACCUAUUGACCGGCCUACCACACCUCCACCGCGGCAGUCACUCAACACCAGCUCCACCGUUCUUCUUCGCUUCCCUCCGGCUCCAGACGCAGAUGGCCAAUCCGCAGACGGUACACAGACGAAUGCCAGAACCCCUCAAACACCCACGAGAAAAGCACGGACUUCCAUUUCUUCGCACUUUUCACCUGGUCCCUUGUUUUCCACAUUGUCCGGAGGCUUCAGUGCAGUGGUUGCGGACUCGAUUCGUCGCGGCGAAAUGAGUCCAGCGAAGGAGCGGCGGAUUGCAAAGCGAGGCGGUCGGAAGAAGCACCCUAGCAGAUCUAUUCUUGAUGGUACUCUGCGUACCACGAAUGGUGAGGGUGUGGACGCAGAUGGAGAUCCGUGGGAUGGACGUCCUCAAGCUUCGACGGCCACCGCUCCACCAGACGCUCUUGAUGGCCUUGCCACGGCGCCUGCGAGUGCUGGGCAACCGACUCCUGGUGAGGAACCUGGUGAGAUUCUCCGUGGUAAUUCGGACGACUCAACCACCCUUGCGCGACUGCGCAGUCUCAGCGAUUCAUGGAGCAAAUCGGUUCCAUGGCUGGGAGGUGUACUGCAGAAGCGGAAGGAUAGCGAAACCGGUGCCGAGCGGGACAAUGCCGGCGAAGGCUCUUCCGAACAGAACGAUCAGUCGCGAUAA